AUGGGAUCGUGUCAAGAUUACCCUUCCACCCACUGGGCACCUAUGGAGCACCACCUCUUGUCUUCACUUCGGCAGUGCAAUAGAGUUCAAAAGCAGGCGCUAAAGCACUGCCAGUUGUCAGAAGACAUGAUCCCGGGUACGGCUACUUCCGCUCAAGCAGCGUUGUACUUUGAUAUCUUUGCCAAGCUAUAA